UAGACAAAUCAGUUUCCUUCCUCUCUACAACCAAAGAAAACCUACCAGAAAAUCCAAUUGGGAAAACCUAACUGCAAAUUUCAAGUCAAAAUUCCCUCUUUCAAAUCCAACGAGAAUGGAUGUCCCAGGAUCAUCGAAGAAGAUGAUAGCAACUCAAGAAGAAAUGGUGGAGGCCAAAGUCCCACUUGGCUAUAGAGACCAAUGUGCCCAUUUGUUGAUCCCAUUGAAUAAGUGCAGAAGAGCUGAGUUUUUCCUUCCAUGGAAAUGCGAGGACGAGCGCCAUGUCUAUGAGAAGUGUGAAUACGAGCUUGUGAUGGAACGAAUGCUUCAGAUGCAGAAGAUCCGUGAAGCCCAAGCUCAGCAAAAGCAAGGGGCGACUCAGCCAAUCCCUCUUAUUCCUAAAACUGCCAAUGCUUGAUUGUCUGAAUAGGUGGUUGGAGCUGGUGGAACAUGCCUUAGAUUGUUGAUGUUGGCGAAAUUCUGUUGAAAACUUUUCUCUGCUGGAGUGGAUUUAGCAGACUGACAAUACAUGUUUUCUCAUUUGGUAUUCAAUAAGCAAAUCUUCUUUGACAUUGUUACAAUGUUCGAUUAUGUUGCUAUCUUUCAAUGGCGCACAAAUCUACUACUUUUCGCUUCAUGAAAUUGACACUAUGCACAAGUAAUGUAUUUGAUGAAAAUAUGGUCACCAAAGUUAAAUUUGGAGUGAAUGAAAUUUGUCUUACAACACUCAUCGGUGUUAUUGAACCUUACCCCGCAACAUCAGUAGAGCAGAGAACUCCGGGAAGGUCCCUGCUAGGUAAUCAAUCUUACCUGGGUAGUAAAGAUGGGGGGAAAUGGAUGUGAGUGUAGAAGAUGAAAAGUACUAGAAUGGGAUUUGGGG